AUGCCAGUUCUCCAGCCUGGCAAGAACAUCAUAGAUCUUACUCUUGUGUUUGAUGCCAAUGAGACUGUCAUUCUGCUGCUCAACAUAACUCUCAUUUAUGUUAUCAAAUCUCCAGGGUGCUUUGACCACAAUUUUGACACUGACAAAGAAAACAACACCAGUCACUCCAUUGAAAAGAAAAUAGAUACUCUGAUUGCUUCCAAGGCAUGCUUUGGAGGUAACUCCCAGAAGCAACUCCCAGAGGCAACUCCCAGAGGCAACUCCCAGAGGCACCUCCCAGAAGCACCUCCCAGAGGCACCUCCCAGAGGUACCUCCCAGAGGCACCUCCCAGAGGCACCUCCCAGAGGCAACUCCCAGAGGCACCUCCCAGGGCUUGA